UCUGUGUACUCAUGGCCAGGGACAAUUCAGGUCGAAUUGGAUGACUUCUUAGUUUUUAAGCAUUCCCAACCCCCACCUUUAUAGACACACAUCCUGAGCUGGCGGCUUAACGCCUCACCAAAUCACCAUCGAGUCCUGCAGUGAGCCAGGGACCGGCGCGGCGGUACCCUCCUUCAGUUGUAGCGACAGUCUGAUGCUGGACCCUGAAAACCGUACAAGCAGCAAUCUGUGAAUGCCACAUGACCGGAAUGAGAGAGAUGAGACCGUAGUGGGUAAACGACGAGAUGGAGGCGCAACAGGGCGACAGAGGAGUCCAGAGGACUGAGAGGGUUUGUUCGAGAGAGGAGAAGAAGAGGAGGAGGACAUCUGGGCUGGUUGAGGACAGAGCCAGCGGUCAGCAGAGAUACCCCAGCUUCUCAUCGGCCUCCAGCAGCUCAUAUGACGACCGCAGCUCGGCAGCCAGCGGCCUGGACGUGGCCGACCGCCUCACCUACCUGGAGCAGAGGAUGCAGAUGCAGGAGGAUGAGAUCCAGCUGCUGAAGUUGGCGCUGGCUGACGUCCUCAAGAGGCUCAACAUUUCUGAAGAGCACCAGGCAGCCGCCGCUGCAGGGAGGAGAGCGCCUGGCGCCAAAGCCAGACCCGUCUCCCUGGCCUUGCCCCCCAGAAGCUCCAUGGCGGCGUCCAGCUCUGCUUCCCUCAAAAAGAGCUCCACAGUGCCCUCCAGCGCCACGACGAGGAACUACAGCCCCGCGCCGCCACCUCUGAGCGGUGUGAAGAGCCCGCCAGGCAGUGCAAAGGACAGUCCAUGUAAGAUCACCAAGCCGCGGCCCGCGUCUGCAGCCUCGGCCUGCAAGAAAGUUCCUGAAGAAAGCAACAAAUCCAGUGAGCCCGAUGUGAGCGUAGGAUCGAGGCGGGUGACACAUUGCAAAGUGACUAUGCAGAUCUAUCUGAGCCCCCUCGCAAGAAGGACUGGGUCUUCUGAAGAGGCCAAGUCGGCGUCUGCGGUGCCCGCCUGCAGGGGGCCCGUGGCCGGCCCCGGACCCCCGCCGACCCACAGGGGCGUCCGACCGCAGAGGAAGAAGUCCACCCCGUCCUUCACCUUGAACCUCCAGAAAACCGUGACGGGCCAGAGCUCAGCGCAGGAAACGUCCAGCUACAUCAGCCCGGUCAAGUCGCCCAGCCAGUACUUUCAGAUUUGCUACUGACGCAGACGGACACUCCGAACUCGUCUCGAUCAGAGACUUCAGUUUUCAAAAACUGCAACCUCCUUGCCAUAAAAAUGCAAAGAAGCUGCAUUUUUAUGACAACCUCCUUGCAACUGAAUUGAUAAAACUCCUAAAGAGGCUCACCGAACCACUUAGCUGUAACUAACCCACCUGACUGCAUCAAAUAUUGUGAUUUAUGCUUAUUUCUUUUGAACAUUUGUCUGCCUUUCUUUACUUUCCUUACAUACCACAUGUUAGUGAUAACUUUACUGGCCACAUGCUUAGUAGAUCUGUGCAUCAUUUUCCUGAACUUCUGUCUUCUCUAUGAGAGCACUCUCAGUGACGUACAUGAGGAAGCAACUUAUUGUCGACAUGCCUAGAUUAUCUGUGUGCACCGAUGUCUUUUUGUGUGUGUUUUGAUGUUAGUUUCUGCCUCCAAAUGUUUGUUCUUACUCAGAAAAAACAAUAAAGAACGUUGAUCUCUG